UAAGCAGCACACAAAACAGUCUCACACUACUGACUCUACUUGACAUACAUGGAAGCAAAGUGCAGCACCAUCAACUGCCGGCGGCCGGAGUUUCUUCCUCCACCAGCGGGAGGGACCCACCUGCCGGAGAGUCCAAGGGUGCCAAUGGAGUUCCUGUCUCGCUCAUGGAGUGCCUCAGCCCUUGAGGUCUGUAAGGCACUGGCUCCUCACCAACCACCCCAUCAUCAUCUUCUUCCUCCUUCUUCCAAGACUACUUCAAAUGGUUCCUACACUACUUCUUCUUCCCUUAUUCCCGAAGAAACCGGUUGUGGUGACUCUGAAGAGUUCCCAUCCUCAUCUCUCAUCUCAACUACUUCUUUGUCCAAGAACCAGUUCUCUUUUGUUUCUUCUGCUACCUCUCAGCUUGUCCUUGAACGCAUUAUGUCACAAUCAGCAAGAGAGGAAGUGUCGCCAUUAACUUCUGGAAGACUAUCACACAGUAGUGAGCCUCUGAAUGGUGGUGGUUCGUUAACCGGAACAGACAGUCCCCCAAUUUCACCUUCUGAUGAAUUUGAUGAUGUUGUUAAGUUUUUCCGGGCAAACAAUUCCAUUCACCCCUUAUUCAAUGGUGGAAGAGCCAGUGCUGCAAUUGGCAAUGGCGCGGCACCCUCAGGGCCAAAGACAGUUGGAAGAUGGUUGAAGGACAGGAGGGAGAAGAAGAAAGAAGAAACAAGAACUCACAAUGCUCAGCUGCAUGCUACCAUCUCAGUGGCUGCAGUGGCUUCUGCCGUGGCAGCCAUCGCGGCUGCAACGGCUGCUUCAUCUGCACCAAGCAAGGAUGAGAGAAUGGCCAAGACGGACAUGGCUGUGGCCUCUGCAGCCACAUUGGUGGCCGCGCAGUGCGUCGAGGCUGCUGAGGCAAUGGGGGCUGAGAGAGACCACCUAGCUUCUGUGGUUAGCUCAGCUGUCAAUGUCCGCUCUCAUGAUGAUAUCACUACUCUUACCGCUGCAGCUGCAACAGCUCUAAGAGGAGCAGCUACCCUGAAGGCAAGAGCAUUGAAAGAGGUAUGGAACAUUGCUGCAGUGACACCAUUAGAGAAAGGCAGAGGAGGGAUGGGAAUUUCUGGCAAAGGUAAUACAAAUACCAAUAACAAUAACAGCAACAAUACCAGCACAAGUGAUAGUGGGGAGAUUCUCAAUGGAGAAAAUUUUCUAGGCGUCUGCAGCCAAGAGCUACUUGCUAAGGGAACUGAAUUGCUCAAACGAACCCGCAAAGGUGAUCUUCACUGGAAAAUAGUUUCUGUUUACAUACAUCGAACAGGCCAGGUGAUGCUGAAAAUGAAGAGCAGACAUGUUGCAGGAACCAUUACCAAAAAGAAAAAGAAUGUUGUGCAAGAUAUUUGCACAGACUUACCAGCAUGGCCAGGGAGACAUCUGCUUGAUGAUGGCGAAAAGCGGAAAUACUUUGGGUUGAAGACAGAUGCAAGGGGGAUUGUGGAGUUUGAGUGUAGAAAUCAAAGGGAAUAUGAUAUCUGGACUCAAGGGGUCUCCAGGCUUCUUUCCAUUGUUGCACAAAGACAGAACAGAUUUGGAAACUGAUCCAUGCAUCUUACACUAAUUACUAUUAAUUGAGUCUCUAGUUACUGCUGACUACUGAACUAAAUUCAAAUUAUAUGCAUUAUAAUGCAUUUUGCAUGUGAGUAACCGUAGAUAGUCGUCUGUGGCAAGGACUCAACUCAAGUGAACUUUGUAACUUAAGCAAAAAUCCUCUGCUGUCUGAAUUUGUGCAAUUGUAGGAGUUUUAUUUAUUUAUUUAUUUGGGUAACUAUGCCUUGUCUCAAGUCCCUAUAAUUCUAAGAAUUUUUAUGCAACAGCUAUUCUGAGUC